UUUGAGUUGUGCUAUUAAAAUAAAUAAAAUAUGUAAUAUAAACUUCAUUAUUUACGUGGCUGCCCGUCGGCCACGAGUCCAAGUAUCCUGCGGUUCGUGGCAUAUUCUUGUCCUUCAUAGAUCUAUCUCUAGUCAAAUCUCUGUUUCUUUCCCCUUUCUCUCACUAGGUUGUGUUUGUUACAUGUAAAGAAUUUUACUUAUUUUGAAUUUUUAUAUUACCUUAUUUUUGUUGUAUGUAUAUUUUGUGUGGAAACACUGUCCCAUAUUAAGAGAAGAAAGGGAGAAAGAGCUAAGAUUGAAGAAAGGUUUUAUGGUACCACUAACCGAUGACUGUGGAUGAUGAGUGAAAACAAGGAUUUGGGCAUCAACUUAGGCCUCUCACUGGGCCCCACAAGCCAUGGUGCGGGUGCUAGCAUGGCGCUGGCACUGCCCUCUCCUGUUUCCGAGCUCGUGUGGAAAUGUGCCAAACCCAUCACCGCAAACCGCUGGCCCUUUCUCCCCUCGAGCAAUGGCCGAGUUAAUGAUGCUGCCGAAAGCAGCAAGAAGAAUGAUGAUGUCCGAACAAAUGAAAAUAAAGUGGAUGGGCCAAUAAACUUGCAAUUUUGCGGCAAACUUACCGAACGUGCUCAGUGCAAUUAUAAUAGCCGAUUUGAAACCAAUGCUAGCACAAAACAAGUCAUGAGCAUUGCUAUUCCUUUGAGUCCCGAACCUCAAAAGCUCACCCAGCCGAAUUCGAGUUCCCAACAAGAAUCGGAUGAUGAAGUCAACUCAGCUCCUGGAAAAGCAAUUGAGAAUAAAAUUGAAAUUCCCAUUCCUACCCCUGGGCCUGUUACAGCUCCAAAUAAGGCAUACAGUUCAUGCCAAAUUGGUCUUCUGUAUGGAGAAAAAGGGAAAGAGAAAGUUAAAGCAUUAUCUGAUGGAUAUGAGCGCAAAAGAUCGUCAAACGACAGCCGUGAAAAUGCAGAAAGCAAUAAUAGUAUGAGCUUUUGCUCGAGAGGCUUAAAGAGAAUGCGAAUUCAAGAAAGCAGUUGUAUUUUGGCAGAUGGCAGCUCGUUCGUGAACUGGAUAUCGAACAUGACGAAGGGCAGCUCGGUUUGUAAUAAUAAAAAAUUGGAGUUUUCAUUGGGCGACAAUUUGCAUGAAAACCACAAAGAUAAUAAUAACUCGUGCAUGCAGAUUAUUGUGUCUGAUAGACACAAUAAUUGUGCCCCUGAAAAAAUUGGUAAAAGGGAGAGAUUUGCAACUAAGGGACCUUAUGAUGAUGGUUCAACAAGUUUGGAAACACUAAUUACGUCGGUUUUCGCAAAGAGAAUGGAUUCUCUCAAGCAGAUUAUGAACACACCGGAUAAAAUUAUAAAUUAUUCGAUGUGCAAAGUGAUUUGUUACUUCUGUGGCGAAAAUGGACAUGAUUUACGUAAAUGCCCUGAGCUAGCCGAGGCCGAGUUUGAGGAUCUUUUGACGAAAAUCGGUUUAGUUGCUGGGGUCGAAAAAGAAUAUUCCUCCUUGUGCAUUUCGUGCUUUGAGUUCGGUCAUUGGGCGAUUAAGUGUCCGGCCAGGGGUCAAUUUCGGAAUAUUGUUUGGAAAAAUUCAGCGUGUGAUUUUUCGAAUGCGGAAAAUGAAGUUGGUGAGAAAGAGGUGUUUCGCGCUGUAAGGAAAUUGCGCCUGUCACGCGCAGAAAUUAUCAGAUGGAUGAAUUCUGAUGUCUCUUUAUCGAAUUUAAACGGUUUUUUCCUCCGAUUGAGGCUUCAGAAAUUGGAAGCUAGACUAGAGGGGUCCGGUUACUAUGUUGCUCGAAUAACAGAGGAUACAGAGGGGAAUAUAUGUUGCAGCUCAAAGAAGCCUAUCUUGGUAGAUUUUGGAGGGUUCAAAUCGUACGUCGAGAGUCCUUAUGUGUCCAACCAUGAUUUUCUCGAGGAUGAGAUUAAGGCUUGGUGGGACAGAAUAAGGAAAGCCGGUGACCAAAUCCCAUCAUUAGCCGAGUUGGAAACGAAAAUCGAAGAUAAGACAAGUCUAGCAAAGAGAGACAGACCAACUGAAUCUGGCAGCCAGGGCAACCUAGGCUACGGUCCAGGGCCUAAUUUGAGGGAGGGGCAGCAGCACAUGUUAUACUCUGCCUAUAUAUACAUGUCUUAG